GCAGCGACGAGACAGACAGCCCCGUUCACUUGGAAAAGACAGUCGGGCACAACACAAACAUAGAAAAACUAGAAAGCUAGAUAUUAAUGCUUGGAAGUUUAGUGACUCGACCAUCACAUUGGAAUCCUGCCAUUCUACAUUCUACGCGAGGAAAAGGAGAAGACAGCAGCUGUGACUUUGGAUGGCCAUAAUGACAGACCGUUGUUUAACCCCUCGUUGUUGGAUGGCUGUCACUGUGUAGCGCUGGAGGCUGCUGGGUGGCUGUGUGUGGUGGGGAGUUCCUGAGAUCGCAGAGAAGAGAGAGGGGGACUAGCACUUACUCACGUAGAGGCACACACUCGCGCGCACACACCUUCUCAGUGUAGAGCCGGGUGCAGCCGUGGUGCCAGCUAGCGUCUCAGGGAUUGUGCGUGCGGUUGUACAGUACCACAGGAUGAUGGUGGUGUGGUUGCCGUGGGGAUGGGCAUGGAGGACUGUACUGAUGGUGACUGGACUUGCUUCACUGAGCCCGGGGACUAAUGCCAACGUGUUGGACACCAUGUUACUGAGGAGCCCUGGGAGAGACCGGUCAGACAGUAGGUGGGAGAACGGUGGGAGUACAGCCCCGGUUCCAACACAGAGGAUCCUCUGGUGCCACUGUUACCACCACUGUCCUGAAGACUCGACCAACAAUACCUGCAGGACUGAUGGUUAUUGUUUCACCAUGGUGGAAGAUGAAGAGGGAAGUCUCCCUGUGCUGACCUCUGGGUGUCUGGGGCUGGUGGGUUCGGAGUUUCAGUGCAGGGACACAGGGAAUGCCCGCCAGAGGAGGGCUCUGGAGUGCUGUACAGACCAGGACUUCUGCAAUAAAGACCUGUAUCCUACUUUACCACCACCGAGGGCUCCUGAUUACGUGGACAGCAGUAUCCACCACAUGGCUCUCUUCAUCUCUGUCACAGUCUGCAGCAUCAUCCUGGCGCUCAUCAUCGUCUUCUGUUACUUCAGGUAUAAGCGUCAGGAGUCCCGGCCUCACUACAGUAUUGGUCUGGAGCAGGAUGAGACUUACAUUCCCCCUGGAGAGUCUCUGAAGGACCUAAUAGAACAGUCCCAGAGCUCUGGAUCAGGAUCAGGACUCCCCCUGCUGGUGCAGCGCACCAUAGCCAAGCAGAUUCAGAUGGUGAAGCAGAUAGGUAAGGGCCGCUACGGGGAGGUGUGGAUGGGUCGCUGGAGAGGAGAGAGAGUAGCUGUCAAAGUGUUCUUCACCACCGAGGAGGCCAGCUGGUUCAGAGAGACAGAGAUCUACCAAACUGUCCUCAUGAGACACGAGAACAUACUGGGCUUCAUAGCAGCGGACAUCAAGGGAACAGGCUCGUGGACCCAGCUCUACCUGAUCACAGACUACCAUGAGAGUGGAUCUCUGUACGACUACCUCAAGUCCACCACGCUGGACAUCAAGGCCAUGCUGCGGCUGGCCUACUCCUCAGUCUCAGGCCUCUGUCACCUCCACACAGAGAUCUUUGGCACCCAGGGCAAGCCGGCCAUCGCCCACAGAGACCUGAAGAGCAAGAACAUCCUGGUGAAGAAGAAUGGGGCCUGCUGCAUCGCAGACCUGGGUCUUGCCGUCAAAUUCAUCAGUGACACCAACGAGGUGGACAUCCCACCCAACACCAGGGUGGGCACAAAGCGCUAUAUGCCCCCAGAGGUGCUGGACGAGAGUCUGAACAGAAAACACUUUCAGUCCUACAUCAUGGCCGACAUGUACAGCUUCGGCCUCAUCCUCUGGGAGAUCGCCCGGCGCUGCGUCUCUGGAGGCAUCGUAGAGGAGUACCAGCUGCCCUACCAUGACCUGGUGUCCUCUGACCCCUCCUAUGAAGACAUGCGGGAGGUGGUGUGCACCAAGAGACAGAGACCCUCCUUCGCCAACCGCUGGAGCAGUGAUGAGUGUCUCAGACAGAUGGGGAAGCUGAUGACGGAGUGCUGGGCCCACAACCCCGCGUCUCGCCUCACUGCUCUGAGAGUGAAGAAGACCCUGGCCAAGAUGUCGGAGUCUCAGGACAUCAAACUGUGACACGCUGCUGCUCCUCCUGCCGCCACCUAGAGGCACUCAUCCCCUAGAGACAUGUCCUUGGCCUAGGGCCACUCUGCCAGGCCCACGGGAGGAGGGCAAGGCAGGAGAUAGAGAGAUUGAAAGUGAGAGAAAUGAGAAUGAGGGAAAGAGUGAGUGAGAGGGAAAGAGUGAGUGAGAGGGAAAGAGUGAGUGAGAGGGAAAGAGUGAGUGAGAGGGAAAGAGUGGGUUUUCCCAGGUUCAGGGUCUGCUCUCUUCUUGCCCGUGCCACUGCCAAGACAGAGAGAGUCCCAGUGGGCAGUUUCUGUUCUGGGCCAGUCUGGUCUGAGCCGGUCUGGUCUGGUCUGGCAUUGCUUUCUGUGAAAGCGGAGUGGCUGUGUGAGUGAGGGGAAAACACAAGGACAGAGAGUACCCUCUGCAGGAGAGGAGUAGUCACUCCGCCCCCGCAUGGCCAAGAGGGGGACGAGAAAGAGGAGUUCCUGCUCGGUCCAUCUAAAGCCAUAUAACAGUAUUGUUUUGUUUCCGCGGUAACAUUUUAUUACAACGAGCCACAGUAACCCCUUCAAGACCCUUCAGAACAGUGUCAGAAUGUUCAUGAAGCUUAAUGCCAUGUUUACGACAUUGUUAAAUGUAAAUGUAAAUGUUAUCUCGGGUUUUGAUUUCUAGUUCAAAUAAAGACUGUUUAGUCCACCGUUGGGCUUCAGCAACUGGCCCUAUUUGUUUAUCUUCAAACCCAGGUAUUUGGUUCUAUUCAUACAGGGAAACACAUUGCUUCAAUAUUGGCCAUUUGGCUAUCCAAAGGAGUCAUUCUUAAUCCCCCGAAAUGUCCCUUAAUCUCAAGGACUAACGAUAGGAGAAAAGGGUCAUCGUGAUGUUAUGAUUCUGAUGAAGCUGAUGGUUAAUUAAAAAGCAUGGGAGUGAUGUUACUGGGCAAUUCCAUGGUACCAAGAGUGAUGCUGAGAAUCAGAUGUUCUGCUUUCAAAUGCAUGUCAAACAAAAGCCAAUGAUUGCAAAGUUAAACAAACCGUGCAACAGAAGGAGACGUUUGAUCAACUUCCACUUAAAAUGUAACAAAAACCCAUCAACUUGAAGAACAGGGCAGAUGCUACACUUGGUAACAGACUGUGACUGUGUGUUUCUUGUUUUGACGUACAUUUUAACGUGAAAACUCUUGAGUUGCUUCAUGUGGAAUUGCCCUAAUCAGGCUACCCGAGUCAUGCCAAGACUCACUCAUGGUUGUCUUGCUACUAUAAUAUUCUCGUUUUCUCCCUCUCACAGAAUUGAAUUGUAAAUAACAAUGUUGAAAUGUAUUGAUAAUGAUGGACUUAAUAAUGAUGUUAAAUAUGUUUUGGUUGUUUGCCUUUGACUUGUGUACAGAAUAACUCGCUGAGUGUCCACUAUGGCAUGUGCCUUAUUUAAUCUGUAUAUAUGUGUAUAAGAGAGUGUGUGUGGACCAGGAGAACAUUCCCUAAUAAAAUGCUGUCAGUC